AUGGCAUUGUUAGCUAUCAUAUUGGUAUAUUUAUUAGUUGAUAAGGGAUUUGGCCAUCACGGUAGCCAAAUAGAGUAUGUGCCAACAACCAGUGAUUUGGAUGGUUUAGUGAUUGCUGUAAAAACAACAUUAAAAUUUCAUGAGAGUCGCAUACGUGACAUAAUUGAUACAUGGUUUCAAUUAGCACCUAACAAUAUAUAUUUCGUAACUGAUACACCAGAUGCAAAAUUAAACGAGAUAACUGGUGGAAAAUUAAUUGUUAGUGAUUGUAGCAACGGGCAUACCAGGGAAGGUCUUUGUUGCAAAAUGAAUGCCGAAUUGGAGCUAUUCCUGACGCAGAAAACAAGAUGGGCUUGUCAUUUUGACGAUGACAAUUACGUAAAUAUUGCGGAAUUAGUACGCGUUUUGAAGAAACUUGAUCCAAAACGGGAUUGGUAUCUGGGAAGGCCAUCAACAGUAGGACCAGUUGGUAUCGAUUCCAUUCCUGAAAAACCAACGUUUUGGUUUGCAACAGGUGGUGCCGGUUUUUGCCUCUCGAAAUCAUUACUUGCAAAAAUGAGUUCAUAUGUUCGUAACGGUGGUUUUGAAGAGCUUGGUGAACUUCUCCGAUUACCUGAUGAUGUUAGCUUGGGUUACCUUAUUGAGCACCUUUUGAAAGUAAAACUGACUGUACUGGAUAAAUUUCAUUCACAUCUAGAAGAUUUGAACGAAAUCAAUAGGGAUGAUAUUCAUAAACAGAUUAGCUUCAGUGCCGGUGGACGACCGAGAAUAGUGAAGAAUGUUGUCCGCGUACCGGAAGAAUACAUUGUGGAAGAUGAUCCACGAAGAUUCCGCUCACUUCAUUGUUUCCUAUACCGCAAACAUUGUCAGCGGUGA